AUGAAUGAAAAAAGAGCCCUAGAAGAUAUUGGGACGUCAACAAGCGCUAAGCGGAGAUCUGCUUCCCAACCAAUCUCUCAAUAUAUUAAGGAAUCCUUUCAAGACUUCAAAAACUUGAUAUCUACCAGCGAAGUAACUAUUUCGCCAAUUGAUUUUCAAGAUUUAGGAGAUAGCGCCCAAGAGCGCUGCAACUCAAUCCAAGACGCCAUAAAAAAAAUAGGCAUUAGUGAAAGUAGCGAAGAGUUGAAAUUCAAAGCGUGUACACUAUCUUUCCUUGAGAAAGAUGUGCCAUCAAUUUUUUGGGGUCUUCCAUUUAUCUAUGAUAUAAGUUGCAUGAGUAAUGAGAAGGGGUUUCACUUAUUUGUAUCUAAUCUUUUACAAUCCGUUUUGCAGGUUGUCAUUCCAAAUUUGACCGAUGUAAAAUUUGAAAAAGAUCAAGAACUUGAAUUUGCCUUUGAAAAUAUCAAAUCAAAGCCUGAUUUUUUGAUAUUCAAAGACAACAAGUCCGGACCGCCCUUGGUGACAAUUGAAUGCAAGUAUCUAUUAUCAAUAUCCUUGUUUGAGUCGUAUGAAUGCUUUUUGGAAGAUUGGAAAAAGAAUAAGCUGAAGGCAGAAUUCUUAUUGACGAAUCCUGUGCUAUCUUGA